AUGUGUUAACAAUAUGCACAUUGUGAAUAUCACAUUAUUUACACUGUUCUAAGUGAAACUAGUUUUUAUUUUUUCUGUCAAUUUUCUUACUGCAAUAAUUUUAUAUUUAAUUUUAAUCUUUUUUCAGUAACCAUCAACAAAACACAUUUGAAGCAAAAUGAAUUCUGACAAUAGUGUGUGUCAAUUUUAUUUGCGAAACAUUUGCCGGUUUGGAGAUGAAUGUUUGAAGAGACAUGAAAAGCCAUCGUGUUCGAAACAUGAACCUUCUGUUCGAACUUGUGAAAUUGCAGCUAGCAGCUAUCAACUCCGAGAAGGUCAUAGCAAUGUUCAGCAGGAAUUGACUGAUGAGCCAACUGCGCAUGAUGUGGCUUUAAAUACCACUAAAGAUGUAAAUAAAAUUCAACCAGAAAAAUGGACAAAUACACCAACAAAUCAAGAUUUAAUCGACCUCAAGAGUGAAAAUGAAAAGCUUGUCAAAAAAUUUAAUACGCUUGAAACAACAGUAAAUACACUUCACGAACAAUUAAAAAAUCAAAAGAAAGAGAAUGCUGACCUUAUUAAUGUGCUUAAUAAAAUGGAGUUACAUGACGAGGAUUUUAAAUGUCCAGUUUGUUUUGAACUAUUUAUUGUGCCAUCACUACUGAGUUGUUCACACAUGUUUUGUGAAUGGUGUAUUGAUAAAAUGUUAGAGAAAAGUGAUAAGUGUCCUAUAUGUCGAAAACAAAUACUCCAGUAUACAUAUUGUUUAAAUACGGCCAACAUUAUUAAAAGAAUGAUUGAACGAAUGCCGGAAAAGGUAAAAUUGAAGUACGAGAAAGUAGAAGCCUCUCGAUCAAAGGAUAAACCAAAAAGUUUACAACUGCGUGCUGAACGUGAGAAACUAGAAUUAAUAAGAAUUGAAUUAAAUGGACACGUCUUUAGAAAUUAA